AUGUGCCUCGUCGAGUUAAUUCUUUUCAAUUUACUUUUCUCUUAUCGCAAUCCAGGAUUAAAUGCAAUCAUAUUUUUCAGAUAUCUCUUUCUAACAUUUUUAAUUACAUUCGUUGUAAUCGGUCUUAUCAUUCUAAAUGUCUCAAGUGGAACUUCAGCUGAUCCAGAUCGACCUGUCAGUCUUUGGGCUGCUUGUACUGAUAUCAUUCUUUUAAUAUUCUUCAUAUUACCUGCGAGAGCACUACUCAAAGCUGUAACAUAUCCAAUGGUUCAGCCUGAUGACGUUCAUUGUGUAAAUUUAUGCAAAGUUGGACUUUAUACAUACGCAACAAUAUAUGUUGCAAGAAUGCUUUGGAACAUCACUCACUUUUUCAAUAUCAAUAUAUUACAAGAUUACUUUUAUGAUUUUCCUCCAGGAACAAAAGCACCACCAAAAAUGCGAGCAUGGAGCUGGAUUUACUUCUUUAUUUUUGACUUUGUAGCCUCAGUUAUUGCCAUUAUUUCUGUUUACCUGUUCAAGAAACAUGAUUUAAUGUUUAAAGAAAAUCCAUAUUAUACACGCCACAACGUCUAA